GUCCUUAAACUCCAACUUGCUUACACGUUUUCUAAGUUUAGUUUGAAGCUUCUAGGCGCUUUUCUGCUUUCUAAUUCCUUCUAUUAUAAUUGUUUCUGAGUCUCUUUUUUUUUUCUUCUAAUUUUCAACCUUAACCCUUUAAAAAACUUUAGAAAAUGAGAGUAGCUAGGCAGCCUGCUGCAGGUGUUGCAAAAAUGGACUGCAAUUCUAGUGAAGACGACAGUGAGUUAAGGAGAGGGCCUUGGACUCUUGAAGAAGACACUCUUCUCACUAGAUACAUCUCUCACCACGGAGAAGGCCGCUGGAAUAUGCUUGCUAAAUGUGCAGGACUGAAGAGAACUGGGAAAAGCUGUAGAUUGAGAUGGCUGAACUACUUGAAACCUGACAUUAAACGAGGGAACCUGACUCCACAGGAGCAGCUGUUGAUCCUGGAACUCCAUUCCAAGUGGGGAAACAGAUGGUCAAAAAUUGCACAAUGUCUGCCUGGGAGAACAGACAAUGAAAUAAAGAACUAUUGGAGAACAAGGGUUCAAAAGCAAGCCCGCCAACUUAAUAUUGAGUCUAACAGCAAGAGAUUUCUUGAAGCUGUGAAAUGUUUUUGGAUGCCAAGGUUGCUACAGAAGAUGGAGCAGAACUCUUCUAUUUCUUCUUCUUCUUCUUCUUCUUCUUCUUCUCUUCCUAGUGCUUUAGCCAACUCUACUCUGCCAAUCACAACACUCAUGUACAACACAAAUCAUCACUCAAGUUCAGUUUCAGUCACCAGCCCACCUGAAUUUCCCUCAGAUUUUACAAAAAUCUCCCUGCAUCAGCCUCAUGAAAUUACCCAACAGUCAACAAGUGUGUAUGAUGUUAACAGUGUCUGCACCAACCAAAUUCCAAGUGACAGUUACUAUGUGGACUGUUGUGGCUAUGACAUGGAGGGGUUCAACUUUAAUCUAGGCUCCAUGACAGGAAUGGGCAGUUUCAACCUUUCCUCCUCGUCCGAAUGCCCGGCGGCUGGCAGCGACUGGAUGUCGAAUGACAUGGUAGAUGCCUCGUGGAACAUGGAUGACAUAUGGCAGCUUAGGGAGUAAGUAGAAAUGGGCAUCAUCUUCAUGGGCAGGUGGCAUUUUUAUUACUGGAUGGUCCACCAACACAAUAUAAGCAACUUGACUACUCAUAUUCAUCAGAACAUCAAAACAUCUACAUUGAAUUCAAUAGUUAUCUGAUAACUCAAAGCAUUUUAGAGUACUAUAGUUCAUAAAGUUGUAAUUUCCUUUUCUCUUUUCUACAUUUACAUGUUUCUAGGGGCUGUUUUCAGCUUUUGCUGCAAGUGUUUAUGCUAUAACCAAUUGAAUUAUCUAUAAUAGAUGUGAUUACAGUGUUUGAAAUA